AUGUGACAGUGGCUUGUUUGAAGUGAUUGUCAUGCUAUGCAACAUAAAAGCUUACCCCCAGUUUUGGGCCUAAUUAGUUCACUUAGGGCCCCUUAUAAGGGACACUGCGAGGGGACACGCUGAGGAGACAGCAAGCAGAGGACCUGGAUCUGUAAAUUACAGCAAAACCAAUCAAAUCCGAAGACUUUUUCGCCUCGCUGAGAAUGCCACACUUAUCUGACUGCAGCUACUUCACUAUGCGGGACGCGACAAGAGCUUCAAAUGUACAGAACCAACUGGAGACCUCCAAGUUCCACCUCCACCAGAGUCAGAACCAGCAGGUCAAGCAGUACCUGACGCUGGGCUCCAAACUGGCCUCCUCAGCCGUGCCCCAGCCUCCACCACCGCACCCCCACACCCCCAUCAUGAGGAACGGACACAUGGCGUCCGUCAACGACCCCGGCAGCAACCCCGACAGCCCCGUCACCCUGAUGAGCAUGGGCGGCCAUGACAGCGAGUUCCCCAUGGAUGAAGUUAUUGAUGACCUUAUCAGUCUUGAAUCGGGCUUCAAAGAUGGAGGCCUGGAUUGCAUGGAGCCUAACAUCAUCAUGCAAAACAAUGUGUCUCUCAGUAGCAGCAUGCUGGACGUGUAUGGGGGUGAACAAGGUAUGAACCCCCCUAAUGGUGGACUGAGUCCCACAUCUAACCCCACAAAGCUCACAGUAAAAAGGGAAUACACAGAACACGACACUCGGGUCAUGGCCAAGGAGAGGCAGAAAAAGGACAACCACAACUUGAUUGAAAGAAGGCGAAGAUACAACAUCAACUACAGGAUUAAGGAGCUGGGGACGCUCAUACCGAAGUCAAACGACCCCGACAUGCGCUGGAACAAAGGCACCAUCCUGAAGGCCUCGGUGGAGUACAUCAGGUGGCUGCAGAAGGAGCAGCAGCACGCCCGCGAGCUGGAAGGGCGGCAGAAGAAGCUGGAGCAGGCCAACAGGAGGCUUCUGCUCAGGAUUCAGGAACUUGAGAUCCAGGCUCGAGCGCACGGCCUCCCGAACAUGGCGACGUCUUUGGGGACGACAGAGCUGCCCUCACUUCUCCUCAAACAACAGCAGCAGCAACAAUCGUCCCCCCAGCCUCAGCAGCCGCCUCUCUACCAGGAAGACCCAAACAGUGAUUACCUCCAGAGGAUAGCCGUGGUUGCCGGCGUCCCGUCCAUCCCGGGGGGAGCUCCCUCCGCGCCUCAGGACCACAUGGCGGGCGCCGACGGCUGCACCACCUUCUCCGACCCGCUGUCCCACUUCACGGAAAUCUUCAGCGCCACGCUCAAGGGGGAGCAGCGGCUGGACGAGCUCCUCAUGGACGACCCCCUGUCGCCUUUUGGCGCUGACCCGCUGCUGUCGUCCGGGUCGCCCGGGGGGGCAUCCAAGGACAGCAGCCGCCGGAGCAGCUUCAGCUCGGGGGAGGGCGACGAGCUAUAAUGCAGACGGGGGUUAAAGGUUAAACAGGGCAUCAGACUGACAGACCCGCCUUGUAUAUACUGUACAGUUCUUACUGAUCCAGGAUCAGCUCAUGGACCUCCCAUAAAAGGACUUCUAUUCAUUCAAAAAGGGAGACAUUUACUAGCCUUUGGUAACACUGUAGUCGCUGUAUACUGAAAACUACUCCAAAAAAACCCCAGUUUUAUUUUGAAUUGUUACGUUCCAGCAUCCAGCGUGCCUUAUUCUUCCACCGCAGUGCCUAACAUGCUGUGUUUCUGUAUUUAUACAUCAAUGUAAUCAUAAAUAUACAUAUUAUUAUCUAACAUGUUACAUUUUUUAUGUCUUGUAGGGGUGGGGAACACUAUA